CGAUUCUCUGAUAUUUAUGUAUACAACAGCACUACAGCGUGUUGGCCGCGUAUUCUUCUUAUUUGAAAAUAACUUUUAGUUCAAUGAUAAAACUCCAACGAUACGGGGUCGGUGUAAAUUUAUAUAUACAUUUUUUUUAUCGCUCACGUACUACAUCAUUCGGCUCUGAUUGCCUGCAUUUUCGCUUUUUUACCUUAAUAUUUUUUCACUGCACAGACAAUAGUUGAGCAUUUUUUAUCUUCUCUUGACCUUUCUUUAGUUUCGCUUUCGUUUUCAACUUUCGCGAUCGAUACAGCACAAAACAGACAUCAUUUCAAAAGAAAAGAGUGUUUUAAACGGUGUGUGUUAGGGUGCAUCAACAUUCUGCUACAUUAUUGAUUCCAAAACAAGUGCAAAUUAAGUGAAAUUAGUACAGCGAUUGCAGCCACCGUUACAUGCAAUUUAGAAAAAUAGCCCAAGUUCGAUGAAAAUGUAAAAAUUAAAAAGUGUUUGCAUAAUCCAAAAAUAUUCUGCAUGAAAAUGUGAUAUGUUUUAUCGAUUUGUUUUUAUCAAAUCAACAAUAUUGUUUACAUAUUGUUUUGUGCAGCCCAAAUUGAAGUUAUCGCUUGAAUCACUAAUUUUCUAAAAUGUCAUAAGUGAGGUUAUAGUCUCACUCAUUUAUCUGUGUUGGAAAAAGACGAAAAAGUUACAUGAGAAACGUUGCUAGCACCCGUCGGCUUGUUAGAAUGGUCUUUGUAUAGUUCGAGUCACCCUAGUUUGUAUACGUGAGCGCAUAUAAAGUAUGUGUGCUAUGUAGAUGAGCAGCACGCGUGUAUAUGUAUAUACAUAACAGAAAACGCUUCAGCGAAAAGAGAAAGACAAACAGAAAAAAAUGGAUAAAAUAAUAUUGAGUGAGUGUUAUAGAACGGCGCUAAAUUUAGAAUAUACACAGAGUCUAUGUUGAGUUGUAGCCCAAGAGGAAAAAGCGUGAGAACGAAUAUUUCUCUAAAAAUACAUCGGAAAAUAUUGGAGCAAUAAAAAACACACAGCGAACCGAGUGGAAAGAGUUCGGAAAAGCAAUUUAUUUUUCUUAGUGAAAAUACCGAGAUUUUUUUUGUCGUCAUCUUUCUCUCAAUCAAAGAGAACGCAUAUCAAAAUUGGUUUGAUAAACAUUCAUUUUGAACGAUAAAGACAGCGAGGGUUCAGUUUCUGCAAAAAUUGGGAGAUUCCAUACAUACUUUUGCAUAAGAGAGACAUUUUAAUGAGGCGCAAACAGUGAAAGAGACACAUAGCAAACUGCCGACAUUGACGUUCACUUGCAAAUAACAUAUGCCUCUGACCACACUCCUGACCAACAAAUGUAUGAGCGGAACAAAAUUCGAUCGACAGCCGGUCGGUGAAAUACUUGGAAGUGCAUCAUAGUGGAAAAUCGUACAUUCUCACCGGGAAAGUUUGUGGCUACGAUCAAACUGCAAAGAAAGUCUUACACAAACCGAUUGUAGUUUUUUUUUUGAAGUGAUUCCACAGCUUCCGACGCAUUUGAUAUUCAAUAAAAUAAAAUGGGCAACUACUGCAGUUCCGGUCAAAACAAAAAGGAUAAAGACAACCUUUCUCAAAAGUCCGAAGAUUCACCUACUUACCAAUUGACAAGUAAAAGCAAAACCAAGAACAAAGACAAAAAUAAAGAAAAACACUACUUGAAAGAAGCGCCGUUGGUCGAUCCGGAGCCGACAUCAGAUAUAUCAAACUUUAACGCACCAUCAAAUGCUCAAAGUGCAAACAAUGGAAAUGUCACCAGUGACGUUACCAAACCAACAGUAAAAGCUCUUCAAAGCACUCUAUCAACGCAUGACUCAACCUCCGGUUCCCCAUUAGCAACCGAUGCACCAUGUGAACUCCCCGCUGAGUCGAAAAUCCAAAAUCUGCCAGGCAAUUUAACAUCUAUUUACGGUAAACCAUCAUUGAGCAGCCGUCGAACGGAGAAUGAUUGCAAAAUUGUUCUCUACAUUUUGGCUGCAAAUGAGCACAAAGGCGAGAAAAGCGUGUUGAAAGGUCUGUACGCCGAACUUCAACGGUAUUGUGCUUCGCGUGGAUUCGAUUUGCAAUUGUGUGACUUGCACGAAGAAUCGGAAAACUUUUUGGAUCCAGAAUGUUGGGUGAAUGAACCGAUCGAAGCCAGAGGUGGUCAUCAGUUGGCUGCAGAAUGUUUAUCGGAAAUAUCAAGACACUCGAAUACGGCAUACAUUGUUCCAGUACUUUUCUUGGGAACGUCAUUAGGCAGUCCAUUGUUGCCGUUAACCAUCGAAAGUCAGGAUUUUGCCGGAGCAAUAAGUACUACUGCAGAAGGAUCAGACGAGCGCCAACUACUCGAAGCAUGGUACAUUCUCGAUGAAAAAGCCGAACCAAUGUGCUAUCGUCUGAAAACUCAAAACGUCACUGCCAACGCUGAUGCGGUCAAUGAAUUGCAAAAUCUGUAUAAAACAAUCACCGACAUUUUCUCCAAAGAGCUGCGCGACUCGUACUUGACCACCGUCAUCGAACAGGAAAUCAAUAAUAUGGUGUUCAUUAAUCAAGAGCUGUCGAAACGAUGCAUUUGGGUUCAUACAGGAGCAUUGCCAAAUAAGAAUCUCGACGAAACAUCGAACGAAUCAUCAAUUGCUGUUGAAAUGAAUCGUCGACUUAACAAUAUUCAAUUAGAAUUAAAGAAUCAAUUAAAUGAGAAGAAUUUAAUCCGAAUACCACCAACAGUGCAGGUGUCCAAUGAUCAAUUGGCUGCUUCAUUGAAGUCAUUAAUUGUUGCCAAUAUCGAUAAUAUAAUCAGCGACCACUUCGCCAAAUUUCAAAUUCCAUUUUGUACAUACGGCGUCGAUCGAAAUCUUCUGGCUGAAAUUGAAGCCGUCAAACAACAUUCGCAAUAUCUUAGCCAAAACUGCGCCAAUUUCGAAAUUAUGGAUAAAAUUAAGCAAUACAUCACAGCACCUUCUUCGGAACCACUUAUCAUAUUCGGACCGGUUGGCUGUGGCAAAAGUGUACUUUCGGCGAAAGUUGAGCACUUUAUCCAUACAUGGUUGCCAGAAUGCUGUUUCAUUCUUCGUUAUACUCGGUUGACAGCAAUAUCGUCGAGUGUUAAGUCACUUGUCGGAUCUGUCACCGAACAGAUUUACUACUAUACCAAUGUUCAACCGUAUAAUGGACCACAUACUCUUGAAAGCUAUGCUGUAACACUGAAAGAGUGCAUUGAUGCAAGCAAUUUUCACGUGGUUAUCUUGAUUGACUCGUUGGAUGAAGCAUUCGAAUUAGAUGAUUUGAGCUGGUUGCCAACCAAACUAAAUGACAAAGUGAAAGUAAUCAUUACGACAGCAACGACCAGCGCCAAAGUGGAUAGCGUCGACAAAUGCGAGAGUAGCGAUGUUAUUUUGUGGCACCUCAAAGAUCGCAUUUCAAAAGCCAACUUCGUACAUUUGAACCAAUUCUCAGACCAUAAAUGGAGUGAAGUGCUCAGCUAUGGCGGUGGAGAUUUCUUCUCUGUGAAUCCACAGAUACAGUUGCCGGAAUCAUGGAAGCAAUGCGACGAGAGAAUCCCACUCCAAGCCAAACUAUUCUGGUGGUUUGCUUGGUUGGGUGAAUUCAAUUUGAAUGACACUUCAUUGAUAGCCACCUCAAAUAAAAUGUUUCAAACGUUGGAAACUAAGUUCGGCGAAGCAAUAAUAAAAUAUUUGGUGUCACUGUUGAUUGCAUCCCGUGAAGGUUUGCACGAAACCGAGAUCAUUGAACUUUUGAAGCAGUCGAAACUCGUUGAUGCCACCAAUGUGGAUAAAUUAUGGACUAGUAUCAGCUGGAUUAUGAGCCGUGGUCCGAUUCUACUACAAAUCAAUCGUGUUCGCUUCAUGGAUAACAAAUUGAAGAAUGUCGCAUGCACACGCUACCGCAAUGACAUUCAAAAUGCCCACAAUAUACUGCAUCAGUUCUACAAGUCGCAGCCGAAUGAAUAUGUGGAUGCAAAAGAAAAAUAUCAAUGGUUUAAUCAGCGGAAAUUCAAUGAAUUGCCUUAUCAUGCAUAUAUCGUUGAUGUCCCAUCGUAUCCACAAUCGCUCUAUCUCACCGAUCUAAACUGGAUUCAGACCAAAAUAAAAGCCACCAAAUGUGUUCAAUGCAUUCUAAACGACAUUUACUUGAUCGAACUUUCAUCUCGUACAAAACUCAAGCAUUUAGAUAUUCUGCAACGUUUUCUAGAGACAUUUAUUCAACCUGUUAACUACGAUGCUGACCAAUUUUAUCCAUUAUUCAAGCACUAUUUAUUGACUUGCGCAAAAAGCGACAGCGCCAUCGAAGCCGAUCCCAUCUGCAAGAAGUGGAUUCACGACUUUGACUCCAUCUUUGACUCAAUCUCAUUUUUGGAUAUUCUAAAUAACGCAGCCAAGGCAACAUCCGAUGACCCGACCAAUGGAUACGAUUUGAUAUGCAAUUUAGGCGGAAACGGAUACUUCGUUGCAUCGUUGAAUACACAACGCGAAGAAAUUCGCGUGUGGAAUGUGCCAAGGUCGGAGCAAGUACGAAUUUUAAAGGGAAUCCCCCAGCCAACUGUACUGUGUCCAGUCGACAAUUAUGGAGCCGCCGUUUUGUGUCAACGUGAAAUCAAAAUUAUUGAUUUAAACAAGGGCGAACUUCGGGUCACUCUCAAGGGGGUCAUGAACCAGAAAAUGCCGUACUUUGCAUAUUGUAACGAUGCACAACAUUUGGUGUGUUUGUCACGUAACCGAAUGUAUGUGAAUUUGAUGAAUUUAGAAUCGGGCGACUGUAUCACGACAUUCAAAGCAGGCGAAGAUCGAUUUUUGAAUUCGUUACUCGUUUCGGGCGAUGGAAGAAUUCUCGUUUGUGGCGAUGAAACGCAGAAGCCAUUCCCCUUACUGGUUUGGCAUUUGUCGCAGCGAAAAUUGUUGUACGAUCUUCGAAUUCCACACCAUGAUUUCAUUACAUCACUCAGCGCAAUAACUCACGAAGGCUCAUAUGUUUGCGUUGUUACAAAAGAAUUAAAUGAACCAUCCCCGAAUUUCAUUGUUGUUUAUGAUCUACAAAGUGGAACGUUGUUCAAAAAGUGGAAACCGUCUUGCAAUACUGAGUCACUAUCAAUUUCACAAACGAAUGCCUGUGUCAUCGCUGGCCUAGAGGAUGCACGCAUUUUGAUCUGGGAUUUGGUCACAGGCAAUUGCAAAUUCGUACUUGUUGGGCAUACCGCUCCAGUUACUCUUUUGAAGCUAGAUCCGACGGGCACAAUUUUAUUGUCAGCCGAUAAAAAUGGACGUGAUCGAUCAGUUCGAUUAUGGGAAUUGAGUACAGGUAAAUCAAUCGCCGUUCACACGCCUCCGAAGAAGAUAACCACAUGUGAAAUUUUGCCAUUGGGCAAAUACAUCGUAUUAGCAUUAGAAAAUCAACCAAAUCUAGUCACAUUGGAACUUAAGAAUUGCAAAAUCAAACAAAUCUCAAAUAACGCUGCUGAUGAUGAUGAUGAUGACGAGAAUGCAAUUUAUGGCGACGCCGAAUUCAACGGCAAAACAUUUCAACUGUGAAAAAAUCAUGUGAAAUAAUCGAUUCAAUUCUAAUUUUUUUAAAUCGUUAAAAUUUAUUAUUGAAACCGACUACCAAGACAGAAAUACCAUCAAAACAUUGAUUUCAUUAAAAAAAGAGAAAUACUUGCAAAAUAAUAAUUUUAGAACGACCAUUUGAUUGAUGGUGGUCGAAGAUUUUAAAGAUUAGAUUACAUAGUAAUGAUAACGUUCGAAAUGUUAUUAUUGGAUCGACUUAGCUUAAUCGUACCGUUUGAAUUGAUUUAAAACGUGAUGCGUAGCUAAGCUUUAAAUAGAGCAAAAGACAGCCGUCACAUUUCAGGUAUAUAAAAUUACCAAGCGUUUGAUGAUUAUUUGUUUCUUUCCGUUAUUCUCGAAUCAAUUUAUACAUAUUUACCGUUUAAAACAUCCAUUCAUAUAUGAUCAAUGUGCAUUUUGUUAAAUUGUUUCUUUUUGUAUUCUUCCGAAUCAAUUGAGUCCAAAGCUAGCAACACAAAGUAUAAGUAGAUUCGUGAUGAAGAAAUAAGAGCAAGAGUGUUCUAAAAAAAUCAUAUUCAAUAUAAUAUAUAUAAAAGCUACGUUGAUGUAUAAAGGAAAACCAAAAUUUACUCGCAGAAAUCGUAAAUAAAAUGUAUGCCAAUGCUCGAACUACUAUUUUACAGCACAGUCUGUGACAGAAAUCAGGACACUUGAAAUCAGGGGGAAGAGAAUUAUUCUUGCCCGAAAAAGAAAAAAAAACAAUGAUAUAUGAAAAUACUUAGAGAAAAAUGUAUCUUAUUCAUUGAUAAAAUGGCAACAAGCUCUGUAGUUAAGCCCGAUGAUGAUGAAUUAAUAUGAGGUUUGUUGCAGCAUCAAACACUGGAUCGAACAGUGUUGACAAUUUCAAGCAAAUCUUAUAAAAGUAACACAAGAAGUCAAACAUUUUUGUUGAAGAUAUUUAUGUUGUUAGGGAAAAAAAAUACCAAAAUUCGAUUAAAUCGUGAUUUAAGAAAUGGUCAAAAAUACUUUGAAUUUUAACCCUGGAUAUUAUUAUGGCAUUGAUUUUUCUUCGUCUCGAUCAUUAUUUGCGUUUACGUUGAACACACCAGAAGAAUGGAUAGAUUUUAAAAAAAUCGAUGAAAUCGAAAUUGUUCAUUCAAACAAUUUCCAAAGAGAGGAAAAAAAGUCGUUGGCAAGAUUGUUUCGCGUUAUCAUACUGUUUUCAGUUUUUCUACAAUUUUAUUUGUAUUGAAAAGCAAUCGGCAAAUUAGAAUAGCAAAAAAAUCAAUACAUUCAAAAAUCAAUAUGUUAACAAAAGAAAAGUAGCAGGUAGAAAGGAGAAAAAAGUAGCUGAUAUGGUGGAUAACAACUGAUGGACAAUGACCAAAUGACUACAUAAAAUAUUGUUGUAAUUCAAAUGUAAUUUUACUUCACAAUUUGUUUAAUUAUUAUGUGUAUUGCGUUUGAAGAGUCCGCGUACAAACAGUCAUUGGUACACACACCAUAUUCACAAAAUGAAAUGAGCUCAAAGUGCCCGCAGGGACACCAUAGACUAUGUGUUUGCGCAUUGAAAUAUUUGUUAAUAUUGUUCAAAGUUAAUUCAAGAAAGCAAAAAAUAUAUUUCCGGCUGAAGCAACUCCUCAAACAAGAAGAAAAACGAGCGAAAAUAACCAAAUCAAAGACAUGAAAAUGCAGAUCAAAAACGAAUUUCUUUCACAAAAAUCAACAUGUAGCACACAAACACAACCUUCUCUCACACCGAAUAUACAACAUUUUGAAUCUCCUCAAAAACCAAUAUUGCGCUUGAAAUAUUUCUUCUUCCUGGUUGUCAAUUCGACAAGGAAAAGACUUAUUGCAGAUAAUAGAAUAAAACUAUUUAAGGAUACAAAAAAAUGAAUUAUGACAAACACAGUUACAAUAAUGAAAUCUAUUUGCACAAUUUUUCGAUUCAUAUACAUAAACUUAAAGAGGAAGAAAAGAAUUAUUGUACAAGCAUCUAUUUACAAUCGAUGAAUAUGAAUGAAAUAGCCAGGCAUUUUUUGGAGACCAAAAGAAAGAAAAACGUUACCAACAAACAUUACCGCCUGUGUAAUGGCCAACCAUUCGGGAAAAAAACAGCUAGUGAAGUGCAAACGUGAACAAACAAUGACGUAACAGAGGGAAAUCUAUUUAUUUAUUUAUUAUGUAUAAAAACACAAAAUGUAAUAUUUAUCAAACUCAUCUGGUAUGAGGAUGAAAGGCUGGUCCUUUUCAUUUCGUUCGAAAAUUUAGUUUAAAAAAAAUUAUGCAAAUCUCAAGAAUCUAAAAUCCAUGAAUUGUCUACUCCUUCACAUUGAACAUUGAACAUCCAUUUUUAACAUUUUAACAAUAUCGAAAAUUUACAAACAAUAUUACACAUGCGUGGAAUCAUGAGGGAAAAAUAUAUACAAUUUAUAGGAAUUUCAAUUGGAUAAAUAAUACAAUUGUUUUAAGGUGCAUUCUGUUAUAAAUGACGUAAAUACAAUUUCAAACCACACUACAAUUACAAACACAUCGAUUUUGUUGCACUUUUAGUUCUCGAAAUAAAUGAUUAAAAGCAAUCGCAGUCAUUUGUUGGCCCAGGAAAAAAAAUAUAUCCGAAAAUCUCGUUGAAUUUGAUGAUUGCAAUACGAAUUUAAUGGAAAAAUUAUAUUGUUAACUCAAUUCGUAAAGGUAUGGUGAAAUGAAAUUCGCGUCAUUUAUGAGAAUUGCUCGAUAUGUUCUAAUUUGUUAUAAAUAAGCAUUUUUUGCGAUUGGUUUUUGUUUAUUUUUGUUAAAUUUAGAUCAAAAAACUAAAUGUAUAAAUUUGUGAAUCUUAACUGUGUGUAAAAUAAUCUAAUAAACAAAAACAACAGAAA